AUGGACAUGAUCUGCUACAAUUCCAAUUCUGUUGUGAUUUCCUCAGAAUGUGCACAAAGCUCAGUUGUAGAAGAGAGAUACAAUGACGAUACAAUUAAGAUGAUCGAGUUUGGGGAUGGAGAAGACUGGAAUGAUACAGAAUCUGAUAAAAAUACAAUAAUAACUGACCCUCAACACAUAGAUGUAGAAGAAGGAUUGCAGUGUUGCAAACCGGUUGUUGUUGUAGAUGGAACCUUUCUUAAAUCGGCAUAUAGAGGAACAUUAUUGAUAGCAUCAACACAAGAUCCAGCAGGUAAUAUCCUACCACUCGCAUAUGCCAUAGUAGAUUCAGAGAAUAAUGCUUCCUGGGAGUGGUUUUUUGCGAGAUUCAAGGAUGCAUUUGGGGAAAGGGAGGGAAUGUGCAUAGUCUCGGACAGGCAUGAAGGCAUUGAAAAUGUAGCGCCAACAUUGUAUCCACAAGUACCUCAUUCCAAAGCAUACACAGUUGAAAAGUUUGAUUACCACAUGGAAGAGGUAGAGAAAAUUGAUAAGAGGGUCAAAGAUUACUUAAUGAAUAUUGGGUAUGAAAGAUGGUCCAUAGCAUAUUCCAGUGUCAACAGAACAUUGACGAUGACUUCAAACAUUGCGGAGUCGAUCAAUGCAGCACUCAAGGCUGCUAAGGAACUCCCAGUACUGCCUUUGCUUGACUACAUAAGGAAAUUGAUCAGACGAUGGAAUGUUACAAACUUAAAGAAUACAACAGAGUCGGUCACUGAUCUUGGAAAAAAAUAUAAUACAAUGCUGAUGGACAAUCUUGAAUUGUCACAUCAGAUGAAGUUGGAUGAGCUGCCAUGUGCACAUGCUUGGGCAAUAUUAAAAUACAAAUACACUGAUCACACUGAGUAUUGCUCGGUGUACUACACCACGAAGUACCUAUUGAAGACCUAUGAAAUUCCAAUUUAUCCGGUUCCUGAUGAAAGCAUAUGGGAACUUCCUGCAGAAGUUCUAAAUGAAAAAGUCUUGCCACCAGACAUGACUAAAAAAUAG